UGUGGAUCUGAAGGCUCGGCUUGUGUUACACAAAUGAAAGUAAAAGUAAAAACUGCUGAAAAGCACUGUCACAGUCGGACACAACGAGCCACAGCUUUGCUUUAAGCUCUCAGUCUUCACGUCAGAAUCUGUACCUACCAUGCUGCACAGUCUAAACCCCUGCCAGCAGCAGAACGGAGGUUUCUGCUUUGAGAAUAGCCGCAGAAAUGCAGUUUUGGAGUCCACUUUGUUAGAGGAGACAUGCAAAGCUCCCAGUGCCAGAAAGACAGGGACCACUAUUGCUGGGAUGGUGUAUAAGGAUGGAGUGGUUCUGGGGGCAGAUACCAGAGCUACUGAUGAUAUGGUGGUGGCUGACAAAAACUGCAUGAAGAUUCACUACAUUGCUCCAAAGAUCUACUGUUGUGGAGCUGGCGUGGCUGCAGAUGCAGAGAUGGCCACACAGAUCAUGGCAUCCAACGUGGAGCUGCACAUGCUCAACACUGGCCGACCCCCUCUUGUUGCCAUGGUAACCAGACAACUGAAACAAAUGCUGUUCAGGUACCAGGGACACAUGGGUUCAUCAGUGAUUGUUGGAGGAGUUGAUGUGACCGGAGCUCACCUGUACAGUGUCUAUCCACAUGGCUCCUAUGAUAAACUGCCUUUCCUCACAAUGGGCUCUGGAGCUGCUGCUGCUGUUUCAGUAUUUGAGGACAGAUUCAAACCAAACAUGGAGCUGGAGGAGGCAAAGAAGCUUGUAAGGGAUGCCAUUGCUGCAGGAAUUUUCUGUGACCUGGGCUCAGGAAGCAAUGUGGACCUGUGUGUCAUAACUGAAGCUGGAGUGCAAUUUUUACGAGGUUAUGACAAGCCCACAGCAAAGGGUCAAAGAGAGGGACAGUACCGGUAUAAGCCCGGCACCACAGCUGUCCUGACCAAGACUGAAACCCCACUUUCUCUGGAUGUUGUUGAUGAAUCUGUUCACAUGAUGGACACUGCAUAAUACAUCUGACAGAUAAACUUUCUUGAGAAUAAUUGGUGUAAUGAAAUAAACUGAAUCAGAACAAUG